CACGACGCCAUUGGCCAAGAUUCCUUAAUGGUAUGGGAAUUUAAUUAGUUGUUUAGCACGCUGCUUAACUGGAAGUCCGUCAUUGUUGAUAACUGACUCGCUGAACCACGUCUCAUAAUACAUGGAAAUGUCUGGCUUCAUCUAAGCUGGAAUCGAAGUGCCAUUGAAGAAGACGAAGCCACUCCUUUAGUAGGGUUAUGCUACGGUAGCAUUAAAUGGCAGUAAAUCAUAAGACGACAAAAUUCAACUCACAUGCUUUGGCUUAGUACCUCAAUUACUGCGUAUAUUAAGUCUACCAUUCGACCGAUCGGCUUAAGGUACUUGUACGGUGUUAACCACGAUCCUGGUGUAUUCUACGUGAAGCUGCCCCCGAACGAUCGUGCGGUACUUCUUUAUAAACAACAUUAUCGGGUGUUGGAUAUGUAUGCGGUAGAAGUACCAAAAAAACACGAGGGAAAAGGACUGGGAAGGCUAUUGGCAGAGACAGCGUUCACUUACGUAGUUGUUCGUAAUUAUCGUAUGCAUCUAACUUGCACGUACCUGCAACGCUAUUACGAGACAAUCAAGACGCAACAACUCAGUGCAUACGUUGUUGGUCCUCCGCACCUUUUAACUGGUCCUCAACCAGCGGCAAUGUUUCCUACUGCAGAGGCCGAUAGGCUUGAAGGCAUGCCGGAUCCAACUGACACAGAAAACAGAUUCAAUAAGGAUUAG